AUGUGGCAAGCUAUUCUUAAUCGACUUCCUACUAUUGAUAGAUUGCGAAAGUGGGAGAUGUCUUGGGAUCCUAUGUGUAGGCUUUGUAAUGAUGCUCCUAAGAUGAGAGAUCAUUUGUUUGGGGACAGUGCGUAUAUUCGGAAGGUGAAAGCCUUUGUUUGUAGAGAUUUUUCUUGGCUGUCCUCUUUUGACCAAGAUGUUCGUCUUAUGAAUCAGUUGAGUAAGAAGAAACGCAAUACCAAGGCUCUUGCUAUUACUAUGUCCUGGGCAGAGAUCAUCUACUAUGUAUGGUUCCAAAGGAAUGUCAAAAUCUUUGGAGGAAAGAGUAUGGAUGAGCAACAACUUGGGCGGAUGGUGAUUUUCAAUGUUAUAGCUCGGCUUUCUGAUAAAUAG